AUGUUUGCUUUUUUGAUUAUAUCAACUUUUUCAUCUGGCAAGGGCAGCAAAGGCAAUGAUCACGAGGUAAUGUACAUUCAAGGAAAAGAAUUCAAAGGUUCUGCUCCUUUCAGAUUCGGAAGCAGCGAUUCGGAUGAUUCAAGUACAGCAGAUAAUGAUCGGGAAGAUUACGACAGAUACCCAGAAGGAGAUGCAGGAUAUCCAGAAGAUGAAUUUGAUCCUCAUUUUCAUGAUCAUCCUGGUGAUCACAGGAGAAGAAGAUAUAAAAAACCAAAUUGUACAUAUCCCAACACUAAACCAGGAUACGGCCGAGAAUGCAUAUGCAAUGAUUCAUACAUUGGAGAUAAUCCUGUUCAGCCAAGAGGCUGCUGGAAAUGUGAAAAUAAAUGCCAUUCAUCAGCAAGCUGCAUUUAUCCAGGAAAUUGCUCAUGCAAUGGUGGACUCUUAGGUGAUGGCGUCAAUGAAUGCAAAGAACGUCAAGUGAAACCACUUGGAAUUCGAGUUACGAAAUCUACUAAUUUAUCAUAUCCACAAGCUAUCAUUGAAAUAGAAGAAAUACCAAAUUACGUACCAUACAAAGUAUAUUGCAACUUCAGUGGAACUAUUGUAGCAGCAAGAAUCGGAUCAAAAGAAAUCAAAUGUUAUAUUCCAAAUGGACAGGUUAAUUCAGUUUCUAUAUCAGUCGACAAAGGUAAUUGGUCGGAAACUUUACAAUUUAAUCCAGAAUCGAGAAAUGAAAAUUAUUUCAAGCCAGAAAAAGAAGUUAUACUACCAAAACCAGUCAAAGAAGUAAAGGAAGUUGAUAUCUCAGAGAGUUAUUACAUCUUUGCUCAGUUAAUCAGUUUAAUUUCAUUUAUUGGCCUUUUACUUACAAUAUUCCUACCUAAGAAUGCCUUAACUUUCGGCAAAAAAGCCAAAUUAUACGAAUAA